AUGAAGACCCUUUCGGUAUUGUUCAUAAUCUUUUCGGCUGUCCAGGGUGCUGCCAUCCCGUCGCCGGGACCUGAUGGGAAGUAUACUCUCACUGCAGAGGGUAUUCGUGCCCAGGUAAUCCCACUCCGAUGUCGUCAAUUGAACAGGGUUGACAGGUUGUGGCAGUUCAUCCCAUUUGGAGCAGCAAUCACGAACCUCUUUGUAGAGGGUGCAGAUGGAGUUGAGAGGGAUAUCGUCAUCGGAUUUGACGAUGUUUCGGAAUACCCUGCGCACGGGUUAGGACACUACGGUGCUGUUCCAGGGAGGUACACGAAUCGUAUUGGGAAUGCCCAGUACACCAUGGACGGUGUUACCUAUUACUUGGAUAAGAUUGACGGAAAUAAUACCCUUCACUCCGGGCGCAAUGGAUGGGGGUACAGGACUUUUAAUGUUGCCGCCCUCAGCGAGAAUUCCAUCACAUUUUCUAUCCACGAUGCUAGCAAUUCCUCCAUGGGAAUGCCCGGGGACGUGGACGGCUACAUCACUUAUACGCUCUCGCAGAAGACUUGGAGUGUAAAGAUGGAGGCAACUGCUCCCCAGCACAAGACCCCAUUGAUGUUGACCCAGCACACUUACUGGAACCUCGACGCAUUCGGCAACCCGGACACCGACCUAAUCUGGAAUCACUCUUAUUACAUGCCAUUUUCCCAACGCCUCCUGGAGCCAGAUCCGAGCAUGCUUCCGACCGGGCGAAUUAUCAGCAUUCCCGCUGGUGAAAUCAAUGACUUUUGGUCAGGGCCCAGGCUCCUCGGCGCAGGUAGUAAUGACCCACUCUGGAAGGGGAAUUGCGGAAGCGAGAGCGGUUGUGAGGGAUAUAAUAAUUGCUGGAUCGUCGAUAAGCCGACAUCCCAAGCCACCGCGCCCGUCGCGACCUUAAGCAGUGCAUGGAGUGGGAUCAAGGUUGAUAUCUACACUGAUCAGGCUGGGAUGCAAGUGUAUACUUGUUAUUGGACGGGAAGUGAUCUGCCCAUCAAGAAGACACAAGGAGGCCCGGGAGCGGCAACAGACGGGUUCAUGAAACCUAGCGGGUGCGUUGCGCUUGAACCGCAUGAUUGGGUUGACGGUAUCAAUCAUCCGGAAUGGGGAAGAAAGCAGAUCUACGGGCCCGGGGAGACGUACACAUGGGAAGCGACCUAUAAAUUUAGCACGUUGUAG